AUGAAGACUCUCUACGCCGCUCUGCCGCUGCGGAUUCUGACCCAUAACAUUCGCUAUGCGACCACGAGUCCCUUUGAGGGAGAAGAGCUGUGGCCGGUGAGAGCCCCACGGCUGCUCAACGAGCUGCGCUUCCACACCAUCUACAACCAGGAGGCUUUCAUCGGCCUGCAGGAGGUCCUUCACAACCAGCUGACCGACAUCAUGACUGGCUUGAACGGCGCCGCUUCCUCCGGUGGGGACUACAUCCAGGUUGACCCGACCCCGCAGCCGGAUGCGGCUGAAUGGGCCUACCUUGGCGUCGGCCGCGACGAUGGCAAAGAAGCCGGCGAGUACUCACCCAUUCUCUACCGUCCCGCCGUCUGGGACGUCGAAGAUUACCAGUACUUUUGGCUUUCCGAGACUCCCAACGUUCCUUCGCUUGGCUGGGAUGCCAGCAGCAUUCGAAUCGUCACUAUUGGUCGCUUCCGUCACCGCGACAGCAGCAAACGUGUCCUGAUGCUGAACACUCAUCUUGAUGACGCGGGCUCGGUCUCCAGGCAGAAAUCCGCAGAGCUGAUCACCAACUACAUUAACGACUAUCUCAGCAAAUACGCCAAUGGAACCACGCUUCCAGUCAUUCUCACCGGCGAUUUCAACAGCGAGCCAACCGGCGAAGCGUACCAGUACUUCAGCAACCCGCCUUCUGUGGUUAGAGACAUUAGAGACAGCGUCCCGGAGGAAUUGUGGUAUGGAAAUAAUCUCACAUUCACGGGUUUCAGUUCGGCAGACGGGCCAUCCAAGCGCAUUGAUUUCAUCUUCGCUGGGCCGUGGAAGAACUCGACAUCAGCCGUUACUGCCUACAGGGGAUACGCCGUGCUUGCAAACAAAUUCGAUGACGGCGUCUACAUUAGUGAUCACAGGGCUGUUGUUGGGGAUCUCGAGGUGUAA